AGACAUGUACGGCCUGUGAUUCAGGUGGUCUGGCCCAAAGGAAGGAACCCUUUCUCACUUUGCAAAAAAAUGACCCCAGAAGGGAGGGGCAUUGGCAGGAAGGCGGGAGAUGGGGCUCGAGCCCUGCACAGGGUGUGCAUUUGGGCGAGGCUCUCACCCUCUCUGGCCUCUAGGCCCAGGGUCCCCAGCAGUGGAGAUGCAGUGGUGGAUGGCCGAUUCCCAAGGGCUGUCCCGGCCCUGACAGCGUCUGCGUGCGAGGUUCCUUCUCUGACGAGGGCCACUGUUCUGACAUCACUGUCACCUUCCUGUCGGGGCCUCCUCUCAGUCUUGCAGCUCUUAGCUUCUGAGAGACAGACCCGGAGAAACAGGCUCCCCGGGGACCUGGCGCCUCCAAGCCCAGACAUGCUUCUGCUGCUGUUGGUCCUGCUCUGGGGGACGGAGGGGGCCGAGGGCCAGAGGGGGGCCGGGAGGGGGCCACAGGGGGAUUACUGGCUGCAAGUGCAGGAUGCAAAGGGGCAGGAGGGCCUGUGUGUGCCCCGCAGAUGCUUCUCUCCCCGGGAAGGCUGGUCUGAGUCUACCCCAGCGCUCGGCUACUGGUUCCGGAAAGGGGCCGGUGUACAACAGGAUGUUCUAGUGGCCACAAACAACCCAGAUGGAAAAGUGCGGCAGGAGUCCCAGGGCCGAUUCCGCCUCCUCGGAAACCCCCAGGGCUACGACUGCUCCCUGGACAUCAGAGACGUACGGAGAGGGGACUCGGGGACAUACGUCUUUAGGGUGGAGAGGGGGCCUUCUGUGAGAUAUACUUAGACACGGGACCAGCUCUCCGUGCGUGUGACAGCCCUGACCCAGACACCUGACAUCCUUAUCUCGGGGACCCUGGAGUCUGGACGCCCCAGUAACCUGACCUGCUCUGUGCCCUGGGCCUGUGCGUGGGGCGUGCCCCCCAUCUUCUCCUGGACGUCAGCGGCCCUCGCCUCCCUGGACCCCAAGACCCACCUCUCCUCUGUGCUCACCCUCACCCCACGGCUCCAGGACCACGGCACCGACCUCACCUGUCAGGUGACCUUGCCUGGGACCGGAGUGACCACAAUGAGGACCAUUCACCUCAACGUGUCCUAUUCUCCGUGGAACUUGACCGUCACUGUCUUCCAAGAAAACGGCACAGGUAGGAUAGGGGCCCUACUAGGGUGCAGGGAGCAAGGGCAGGGCCGGGUCCCUCUUGUGGGUCCCCCAGGGGCCCUCCCCCUCCCCGGCCCCCGUGGCCCUGUGAGCAGCUGUCCCCUUCGGCCCCUCCCUCCCCCACUUCUGCCCUCCCCCCCGUUAUCAGGAGAGCAA